CCGGAAGUGGAGACACCCAAGUAGAAGUUCCAGAUAAUUCUUCUUAUUCUGAAGAUAAUUUGCUGAAAUGGAUGGAGAUCAGCAUUGUAGAGCCAGAGAAGAGAACUGGAAAGUACAUGAACAUUCCCGAAACAUUCAUGGUGUAUCUCAUCGAAACAAAAGUCACUGAUCCCACCAAACCUGGUCAUGGAGAAGUGACAUCUAUCUGGAGAAGAUAUAGCGAAUUUGAACUUCUACGGAAUUACCUGGACAUCAUGUAUCCCCCAGUUGUCGUCCCGCCACUUCCCGAGAAAAGGGUUAGCCAUGUUUGGCAGAAACUUCCCUCUGACAAAUUUGAUCCAGAUUUCAUAGAGAGAAGAAGACAGGGUCUUGAAAAUUUCCUUUUACGAACAGCUGCCCAUUCCAUAUUAUGUAAAGAUGAGCUGUUUACUGCAUUUUUGAAUCAGGAUGAGGGGUGGAAGGAGAAAAUAUAUGCUACUGGUUACCAGAAUAAGGCAGAUUCUAAAAUAAAGGCACUCAGUGCGGCAUACAGACUGAAGAAACCUGACAAGAGAUUUGAAGAGUUCAAGGCAUACAGCAAUGAAUUGCAGACCCAUAUACACAACAUUCUCAGAAUCAGGGCUAAAAUGGCAGACCAGGAGUUUGGUGUACACAGGAUACAUGCUAACUAUGGUCGGGUGUUCAGUGAAUGGAGUGGCUUAGAAAAGGAGAUGGGGGAUGGAUUACAAAGUGCUGGACACUUUAUGGAUAGUUACUCAUCAUGUAUAGAUGGCAUACUAGAGGAUGAGGAAUCUUUUGCAGACCAACUGAAAGAAUAUUACGCAUUUGGAGAUGCCCUGAGGUCAGUGUGUAGGAAGCAAGAACUUGUGCAAUUAAAGCUUGAACAGUGUGAAGAUGCACUCUCAUAUAAAGCUGCCCAGAAAGAACUCUUGAACCAAGGUAAAUCAACUGGAGGAUUCUCCUUCAGUGGAAUGAAAAGUAAACUGUUUGGUGGCGACACACCUCAACAGCGACAGGAAAAGAUUGAGAAGCUAGAGAAAGAAAUAGAAGAACAAGAGAAUGAAUUAAGAGCUGUCAGUGCUGAUGCACAGAAGUUCGUUGAAGAUGCGUUGAAUGACAUUGACCGAUUUCAAAGACAAAAAGUCAAAGAUCUCAAAGAAAUUUUAACAAACUAUGCCAUAGUACAAAUUGAAAAGUGCAAAAAGGGAAAAGCUAUUUGGCAGAACACUAAAGAAUGCUUUGAAAAAAUGUGAUGACAAAAGUUUGGUGCAAUAAUGGAUUUUACUUUUAUUUAAUUGAUUUUUAAUGGAAAUUUGGACAUUAAAGAGCAAUUUUAACAUUUUGUUCAAUUAUUUACUGGAAUACAUAUCAUUUUAAUAAACAUGUACUGUACAUAUGUUUCAACUAUGUGACAUAUGUAUCACCUAUUCACACAUAUGUAUCAACUAUUUGUACAUAUGUAUCUUAUGGACUAUGAGUACAUUGUACUAUGUAUCAAUUAUGUGCACAUAUGUAUCAACUAUGUGUUACAUGUAU